UGCGUUCUGAUGACACAUACCAAUCAAUCAUACCAUUGUAUUUUUGUUUUUUCUAUUGUCGCGGCGGCAAACAUUUUUAACUUGAAAGAAAAUUGUGUGUAUAAUCUACAUACUUUUUUAUGAACUUUUCUAAUAAUUAUUUGUAAUACAUAUUAAUAAUGUUAGACGAUGAGUUAGGUUCUUCAGAAUUGGGAACUUUAGAAUUUUGGGAAGCAAGAUAUGAUAGUGAAAUCCAGAACUUUAAAAAUCAUGGAGAUCCUGGAGAAGCUUGGUUCGGUGAAGAUAUAGUGGAUCGAAUAAUUAAAUGGAUAUCUGAAAAUGUUGAUAAGAAUGUCUCAAUUGCAGACCUGGGCUGCGGUAAUGGACAUGUUUUAAUCGAACUAGCUCAGUUAGGUUAUACUAAGCUUAUUGGCUUAGAUUACUCUGAAAAAGCAAUUUGCUUAGCUAACACCAUUAAGGAUAAUCAAAGCCUAAAUAUUAAAUAUGAGGUAAAUGAUAUACUCCUAGGCUUAAAUGGUGUUUACAAUGUUAUUCAUGACAAAGGAACCUAUGAUGCCAUUAGCUUAAGUGAAAACUCCAAGGAAUUUCGAGAAAAGUAUAGGAUUAAUGUGCACUCAGCUUUGGAAGCUAGCGGUUAUUUUAUUAUAACGUCUUGCAAUUGGACAGAAGAAGAGUUGAAAGAACAUUUUAAAGAAGGUUUUGAGCUGCAUUGCACAAUACCCACCCCAGAGUUUAAAUUUGGUGGAAAGGUUGGUAGUGUAGUAUCAAUAUGUGUGUUUAAAAAAAAGUAAUAAUUAUAUAAUAAUAAAUAAAUAUAAUUUUUACUAUAUUUUUA